AAAAUUGUCAAAUCAUUUAAUCUCUCACUGUCUCUCAUGUUCUAGAGAGAAUCAGAAAGGGAAGGAUCCAGAGGUGACGAAGCUUGGAUUGGAAUCAGCUCUCGCCGCGAAUUUGAUCGGAAUCGAAUCACGAGAAAUGGGAGCUCCGGGAAGCGAAGACACCGUCGUCAUAGAAUUGGGGAAGAAGCUGGGAGAUGCGCAUGUUAUCACCGUGAAUUGUCCUGAUAAGACUGGUUUAUGUUGCGAUGUUUGCAGAAUCAUACUCGAUUUCGGGCUUUACACCACAAAAGGAGAUGUUACAACUGAUGGAGUAUGGUGUUACAUAGUAUUGUGGGUGGUUCCUUACUAUGAUUCUCUUAGAUUAAGAUGGUCACAUUUGAAGAAUCAGCUUGUAUCUGUAUGCCCGUCUUGCUCAUCCUACUUUGUGCUCGAUUUGAUGUCUUCUUGUCCUGCAUCAACGCCUGUUUACUUGUUGAAGUUCUUUUGCCUAGACCGUAACGGACUCUUGCACGAUGUUACUCGAGUACUAACUGAGCUUGAGCUCUCAAUUCAAACCGUGAAGGUCACUAAGACGCCAGAUGGGAGAGUUAUGGAUCUUUUCUUCAUUACAGAUAACAUGGAUCUUUUACACACAGAGAAGCGCCAAGAGGAUACACGAGGGAAGUUUCGUUCUGUCUUGGGAGAAUCGUGUAUAAGCUGUGAACUUCAGUUGGCUGGUCCUGAGUAUGAGUGUCAUCAGAAUAUUCCAUCUCUUUCUCCAGCAGUGGCUGAGGAGUUGUUUACGUCUGAGCAGCUUACCGAUGAAGACAAUCGCGUUCAGCUUCUUUCUGAUGAUAUGAUAAAGCUGAAGGAUUCUGUUAUCACAGUUGACAACUGUUUAAGCCCGGCUCACACAUUACUCCAAAUACGCUGUGUUGAUCACAGAGGCCUACUCUAUGAUGUAUUAAGAACAUUAAAAGACUUUGAGAUUAAGAUGUGUUAUGGGAGGUUCUCACCUCAAACACAAGGUCAUCGGGAUCUAGACCUAUUUAUUCAGCUGAAAGAUGGGAACAAGAUCGUGGAUCCUGAUAAGCAGAAUUCGUUAUGUUCACGUCUGAAAGCUGAGAUGCUUCACCCUUUACGUGUCAUAAUAACAAACCGAGGGCCAGAAACUGAACUUAUGGUUGCUAAUCCAGUUGAGCUAUCUGGUAAAGGCAGACCAAGAGUAUUCUAUGACGUGACCCUUUCACUAAAAGUGCUUGGAAUCUGUGUUUUCUCGGCUGAAAUAAGGAGGUACACAGCUAGUGACAGAGAAUGGGAAGUGUACAGAUUUCUUCUGGAUGAGAACUGUUUGUUCCAGCUCGGUAGUGCUUCGGCUAGGAAUGAGAUUGUUAAUAAAGUGAGAAGAACAUUAAUGGGUUGGUAAAUUGAAGACCUAGUAUAUUGAUAUGUGAUCUUAUCAUAUAUGGUAUGGGUUUCGUUAUGUGUAAUCUUUAUAGGUUCAUGUAAAUGAUUUUAUCCGUGUUGUCUGUUGGUAAGUCCUCUGCCAAUAUCGGCUUUAGUACAUUUGGUAUUUUCCCUUCGAAAUGUCACACCAAUUAUCACCUUCA